CCCACUGAACUGAAACUGCUUGUUUGGUGGAAAAGCAAAACUUGGCAGCAAAUAUCUAAGAUGAAGACUCCCAAGACCUUUGAGGAGCAAACAGAAUGCAUCGUGGACUUUCUCCUCAGCGAUUUAUUGGGCCUACCUUCGCUGGUGGCUCCCCGGGACCUACGUGAUGAAGGAGGCGAACUUGAAACAGAUUCAGGGGAGUGCAGCUCCUUUGACGUGGCCAUCAUUGCCAGUCGCCUUCGGAUGUUGGGGGACAAGUUCAACGAGGAGCUGGAAGCGCCGGCCAGAAGUGUCAUCGCAGAAUCCGUUCGGGGACAGUUAGGAGCUGUCCUUCCGAAUACGGUGAAAUCUCUCAGCAAGGCCUGGUGUGCCCAGAAUGCCAGCUUAGCUUAUGAGACAGCCUUUGUAGCGGUAUCAAUUAAGCUGCUUGAACGUGUGGUCCAGCUGGCUCCAGAAAGGGCAAGACAGGUGGCAGCCUCCAUCACCGAUAUGAUCAAUGGGAAUAGCGCCGUCCAGGAGUUCAUCCGGGGCCAGGGAGGCUGGGAAAAUCUGGAGAGCUGAAGAAGAGGCAGCGCUCUCUCCCGGCCCGAACACCCCUUCCUCUUCGACUGAUCAGGUGACUGAUUUCUGGCAAUUAAAACGGAAACGACCAAAUAAAAAACCAUUUUUGGACAGAA